UCCAACACUAUUCAACAAAUGGCUCCAAGGUUACAGAGUACACAAUACUUGCUAAUUCUGUUCUGCUUCUUCGUGUUCUUGUCGGCAUCUUUAGUCGCAGAAUCCACAACUUUGUACUAUAAAUGGGAAGUUAUGUCCGAAAUAAAGUCCCCCGACUGCUUUAAAAAGCUUACUAUGACCAUUAAUGGCGGAUCUCCAGGUCCGACAAUCUACGCCCACCAAGGCGACAACGUCAUCGUCGAGCUCAAGAACAGCUUAGCUACUGAAAACGUCGCAAUCCACUGGCAUGGAAUCCGACAGAUUGGAACACCUUGGAGCGAUGGAACAGAAGGUGUCACUCAGUGUCCUAUUCUGCCUGGUGAAACCUUCAAAUACCAGUUUGUUGUUGACAGGGUAAGAGCUGGACCCGAUGGUUUUGUUUUCGAUUUCUUCUUAAUAUUUUCAAUUUUGGAAAUCAAUCUGCAGGCAGGGACAUACCUAUACCAUGCUCAUUACGGUAUGCAAAGGCAGGAUGGUCUCUACGGAUCCAUUGUGGUUUGGCUUCCAGAAGGACAAUUAGAGCCUUUUUCCUACGAUCAUGAUCGUAAUCUCAUCCUCACCGAUUGGUAUCACAAAAGCAGCCAUGAACACGCCACCGGAUUGGCUACCCCCGACCCUGGCUUCCAAUGGGUCGGAGAGCCUGAUUCACUUUUGAUACAAGGAAGAGGGAGAUUCAAUUGCUCUCUGUUGGGUUCUUCCAGUUUAGCCUCUGCUACCUGCAACACAUCCAGCCCACAAUGUGUUCCUUAUCCACUCACGGUCGUACCAGGACAAACUUACAGAUUGAGGGUAUCCAGUCUUACUUCUCUAUCAGCUCUCAGUUUCCAAAUUGAGAGUCACACCAUGACUGUGGUUGAAGCAGAUGGGCAUUACGUCGAGCCAUUCCAAGUAAACAACUUGUUCAUAUACUCGGGAGAAACAUAUUCGGUGUUGAUAAAAGCCGACCAAGACCCGUCCAGAAACUACUGGGCCACAACCAACGUGGUCAGCCGACCUAGGACCACCCCCCCUGGUUUGGCCAUUUUCAAUUACUACCCAAAUCAGCAGCGUAAACUCCCUCCCACAACUCCUCCUGCAGGACCUGCUUGGAACGACGUUGCACCCCGAUUGGCUCAAAGCCACGCCAUCAAAGCCCGGCAAGGUUUUAUCCACCCGCCGCCAAAAAUCGCCGACAAAGUGAUUGUGCUUCUCAACACCCAAAACACCGUGAAGGGUCGCCGCAGGUGGUCGUUAAACAAUGUGUCCUUCAAUAUGCCCCACACCCCUUACCUUAUUGCCCUGAAGCACAAUCUUCUCCACACUUUCAGCCAGGCCAAACCACCCACGGGAUACGACUUCAAGAACUACGACAUUUUCAAUCCGGCCCCCAACCAGGAAGCGACGGAGAGCGACGCCAUAUUCCGGUUGGACUUCAAGUCGACGGUGGACAUCAUUCUGCAGAACGCCAACAUGAUGAGCCCAAGCAGCAGCGACACGCAUCCUUGGCAUCUGCACGGGCACGAUUUCUGGGUAUUGGGGUACGGGGAAGGGAAAUUCGAUAUCUAUAGAGACCCAAGCAAGUACAAUUUGGAGAACCCGAUAAUGAAGAACACGGUGGCGCUGCACCCAUAUGGAUGGACGGCCUUGAGAUUUGUAGCCGACAACCCCGGAGUUUGGGCUUUCCACUGCCACAUCGACGCCCAUUUCUUUAUGGGAAUGGGAGUUGUUUUUGAAGAAGGAAUUGACCAGGUUGGAAAUUUGCCUACUUCCAUAAUGGGGUGCGGGGAAAGCAAGAGGUUCUUAAGGCCUUAGUCCUUUUAUUUGUUGCUGUAACAAGGAAUGGGGUGGCCCAGAAAGCCCAACUCAAUCUUUCCAUUCUAAGAGGCUCUUAUCCAAAUCCAAUGGCCCAAAAUUUCCACUUGUGGGGUCCUGCACUUCGCCAUAUCCAUGUUCGCGCUAUUUUCAAACCCCUACUUGGCAUCACAGCUGCCAUUGCCACCUUCAUUUCAACCUCAAAGGCCGAAUAGCACAAUCUGAUCAUACUAAAAUGGCAACCCCAUGAGCCCAAGCUUCCCAAAUUUUCAGCCCCAAAUAAUCUUCCGCUAUUAAACCCCACUCCUUCUUCUUCUUCUUCUGUUUCUUGCUGCGUCGGUUAUGGCUCUGUCGCCCUUGGAUGCCAAGGCUACGAGAAUUGAAUACUAUGCCACUGUUGGAGAACCCCUUUGCGAGUUCAACUAUGUGCCUUACGGGCUUGGCUAUUGCGACAUUGCCGUGGGAUCCAGUAAGGAAGUUCCUUAUGGUGAAAGAACAGCUGUGGACAAGGCAAAGUCGUCUCCCAAACAGGAAAUUAUAACAUCAUGCAUCCUUUUAAACAACAUCAGAAAUAAGAAAUUUAGCAGAAGAGAGAUAGAGAGAGGCACAAAACACGAGACUUGUUUUAGCAGAAAAAAGUUACAUGAUAGAGCAUGCAUUUGGGUUGU